CACUAGCAAAAUAACAUUCCUCGGCGAGUACGUAGGCUUCCCUGCUCAUCUCGGGAGCCAACUGGAAUCUGUAAUACUAACACCGUUCACCGAGAGCGGACCUCGCUCGCCGCCGAGAUCUGCGCGCUCCUGCUAGCUGCGGCGACGACGACUCCUUCCUCCCUCCGGCUAGGAUCACGUACGGCGGCCGGCGCCGUACGUCGUGGAUCUCCUCCUCUCCUGAGAAAGAAUGGCCCCCGUAGUUGAGAGAGAUGCCAGCCGCCAUCAUUACCUCGGGCUCAUUGACGGGAAAUGGCCAGAAGUUCAUUUCAUCAACGACUAUGCGGUGUUCAUGGGUUACCUGUCAAUGGCUGUGAUGGGGACAGGCAUCCUGGUCUUCACAUGGUCCACCGUUGUCCUCCUAGGUGGAUUUGUCACCAAUCUAGCCAGGGAGGACUUCUGGAGUCUCACGGUGAUUACACUCGUUCAGACAAGCGUAUUCAACGUUUUCCUGAAGAGGAACAUAAGCCAUAUCGGGUAUUCCUUCACGCGCCUGCGGGAGGCUGCCCUCUCCGUUGCGUUGCCGCGGAAGGAUCAGUACCGGCUGUGCAGUAUAAAGGGUAUGGUCCGACUGCUGGUGUUCACCAUUUUGCUGUGCCCGCUGUUCACUCUGUACAUGUUUGGGCUGUUUGUAUCCCCCUGGAUCUCUCUCUGGCGUCUGUGUCGUACAAUCAUUGUCAGGCACGGUUACAUGUGGUCCGGAGAAAAGGGAAACUUGAAGCCGGCGCUACUCGUAUUGUACUCCCUGGCUCUGUUACAGGGCGUGCUCUUCUAUUACUGGGCCAUCUCUGCAUCCGUGGAGAAGACACUGGUGCAGCAAGUGGCCGAAGCGUACGAGAUAGACGAGGAAGACGAGGCACGGGAAUCAGUGUCAGACUAUCUGCGCAUGAUCAGGGAAGGAUGCGAGAAGGACCUAUCAUUUGCCAGGGGCAGGAACCUCAUCACGUACGCCGUGGACCUGAUGGCGUCCAAUUCCCCAGACAACUACCUCUCCGCGGCGAGGAUCUUGGACACGCUUAUCCGGUUCAACUUGACGGUCGUCAAUCUGCCGGGGCGUGUGGUGAAGAGCCAGCACAGCCUGAUCAAGAACAUGAUCGGGUCCACAUUGUCCAGCGACGCCGUCAAGAUACUGGUUCAGAUGCUAGAUUCCAAAGACGAAGAUGGCGGGAAGAUCAGCGAGAUGAGGCUGCGCGCCAUGAGGAUCGUGGCGCAUUUUGCCAGCGAGAUCCGUCUGGACAAGAUCAUGUAUGGUAUUAGGAACAUAUGUUCGCUGCUGGAACACCAAGGAUCAGACUCCUCCCAAGGAUCGGACUCGGAGAAAUACCAAGUGUUUCUAGUGUAUAGUACAGGCAUACAUAUCCUCUCCGAGCUCGCCAAGGACGAGGAAAACUUCAAGCACAUGAGCAACACGGAUGGUAUCACCAGGAAGAUCGUCACGGUGAUUGUAAAGUGUAAGGAACUCCACGACAAAGAACAUGAGGAAUGGCUGUCGAUAGCACGGCCGGGCAUGCAGCUUAUAAACCGACUCGCCGCGUCCGCCAGCUCGAAAUCCAUCAAUGUGCAGCAGCUAAGUGAAUUCCUAGGGCACGAAAAUGGGACCACCACCCUGCAGAAUAUGCUCGACUGCCAGAAAUGCAAAGCGGACACUGCGGUGCAGAGAUCGCUCAUUAAGACUCUAACACAGAUAAUAUCCAUGAAUACGAGUCAGCAGAAUUUAUCCUCGGAAAACAAAGAAAGGAACAAGAAAGCCAGCAUAGAAACACAGAUAAUAUCCGCCAUGAAUAUGAGUCAGCAGAAUAAUCCGCCCUCGGAAAACAAAGAUAGAAACAAGAAACUCAGAGAGAGCUUCUUCAAGUCGCUGCUACUCAAGUUUCUCGACGGCAGUGACAGGAGCUUCAGAAAAUUGGCAGGUGAAUCGCUGGCGCAGCUGUCCCUUACAAGUCUAAACAGUUGCAAGUUGAUCCUCAACGCACAGGUCGGCAUUGUUGAUGCCCUUGCUACUGUUCUUCUAAAGGACAAGAAGGACAAGGACAAGGACAAGCAGUACAGAAAAAGUGCAGCAGAUAUCCUGGAGCAUCUGUGUAGGCACUACAGGAAGGACGAUGAUGAUUUCAUCAAUCUGAGAGUUGCAAUGACCCGUGACAUUGAAAACGUGCUAAACGAAGUACUGAAUGGUGACUCCGAUAGCAGGCGGUCGACAAACUACGUAGAACUGCACGGGGCGUUGGCAUCCCUUUGUGAUACCGUAAACGAGAAGCUGAUCAGCGUAGAUUCUGAUUUGGUUUCUGACUUCGAGACGAAAGCCGAACGGAUCUGCAAGAAGCGCGACCUGUCCGAAAUGUCCUUCAGUGAGCUCGUGCGUAAAGCAAAAGAAAUCGUGGAGAAGCAUAGAAAGCGGCUGGAGGAUUGGGCGUUUUCUUCUUCUGAUGAUGAUGAAGACUGUUGUAUCAUGUGA